UUUAGGAAUAGCUUAACUUGAUUAGAUCACAGAGCAUUAAAUAUUGGCUUUACUCAGUUGAGCGAUCAAAGAUUGUCAGGACUUUCUUGUUUUGAUUUGGUUUUUUUAAAAUCUGCAGAAUUAGAAAACGAUAAAUCUGUGUCAUUUAUUUUUAUAUUCAUGACAAGAAUUCUAUAAGUGACAUAGCUCUUGCCAGUUCAAAUAUUUGAGCAUUUCAAUCAAUAUUGUUGUUGUUUUGCCUGUAUUUCUUUGAUGAUGAAUAGUGAUAUACCUGCAAAAUUUUCAGCUGUCAAUAUUUAAUACUUCCCGCGAGCAUAAUCAUUGCUAUAGAGACAAUUGUUUGAUUUUCAUUUAUGAAAUGAAAUGAAAGAAUAAUAGCUACAUGUGAGCUAAGUAACACAACAGUCAAGUUUUAAAAUAUAUAAAGGUGAAUCUUCAACUUCAUAAGCAUUUUAUGUACAUGUCAAUGUUGAAUAAUGAUGUCCAGGAGAUACACGUUGCUAAGGAGUAGGCAAGACAUGCGGAGUUCGUCAAUGAAUGAUAUAUAUGGAGGAUUAUAUGUACGACAAACAAGCAAUUCUUCGUUGGAUAAAAUGUCGAGGAGAAGGGCCUCAGAGGGAUCAACCUCAAUAUCUAACGUAAAAUCUAAAAGAACUAAAGUACAAAAGUUGAAUACAAGUCAAGGACCUUUUUCCAUAAAAUUGAUCGUUAUCACUAGUUGCAUUUUAAUUAUAGCCUUAAUUAUUUAUGAACUUCGACUGGAGUUGUAUGAUUUUGUUAGUGUUAACUUAAUUAAUGAUAAAAAUUCUACUAAUGACUCAUUGAACACUGACAUAGUGGAAACUGGCGGUUGGCGAUUAGCAGAUGAACAAACUAAACAACUUUAUAGCAGUGAUUUGUGUAAUAUAGAUAGGAAAUUCGCACAUGAACUUACUGAUAGAGAUUUUGAAAACACUUAUCGACAUAAAAGACCGGUGAUUGUUACUUUUGAAAAUGGUGCCAAAGACUGGACUGAUCCAAGAAAAUGGACGGUAGAUAGUUUGAAGCAGGAGUAUGGAAAAUGGUCAGUUUUAUCUGGAAAUGCACGAGAAAUUGUUCGCAGGGGUGGCACUGGAUACGUGGACACCUCAUUUUCAGAAUAUGUUGAUGAUCUCAUGAAAGGUGAUGGCCUUAGUGGUGAACCAUUUUAUGUCUUUGAUAGAGACUUUUACAAUGACUCAAGUCUUCCAUCUACUCUGAAACCACCAAGCUACUUUCAUAUUCAGGAUGGAGUAGAUGAUAGUAUAUUUUUCCUGGGCAGCUCUGGUUCAGGUGUCAGUUUCCACAAGCAUGCAGAUGCCUGGAAUGGGGUUAUUUUUGGCAAAAAACGAUGGUUUCUAUACAUGAACAGUAAAACGCCACCUGGAGGUGUUUAUCCUGGUUAUACUCAAAGAGAAUGGUAUGAAAAUAUUUAUCCAAGUUUAUCACCAUAUGACAAACCACUAGAGUGCAUUCAGAAUCCUGGUGAAAUUCUGUACCUGCCUGAAGGUACAUAUCAUGGAACAAUAAAUCUUGGAGACACAAUAGCAAUAGGUAUACAGAAAAGGGAGGCAGUAACUACAGUGGAGAAACUUUUCUAUGAUGAGAGAAAACUUGUUGAAUCUAUGAGGAACAAAGAUGAGAUAGAGAGACAAAAGAUUAUGAACAAAAAACUGAAGAUUGUUGAAAAACUUCUGGAAUUGUUGCCAGAGAAUGCAGAAGUGCAAAUGAAGGUAGGGGGAAUAUACUCCGAAGUUGGAGACUUUGUAAAGGCUCGGCAUCACACGCAACGAGCCAUCAAACUGGACAAGCAUUUUGUUGUUGCAGUUUUGAAUCUUGCCGGUGUUGAAACAAAGUUAGGUAAUAUGGAAGAGGCAGAACGUUUGUACAAGCAUGCAAGAGAGAUGAAUCCAAACUUGUGGGAUGUGUAUGCACAAUAUGGGGACUUCCUAAUGAAUUCUGGACGCGCACAUGAUGCAGUACACAUAUACAGAAAGGGUACAGAGCUAGAACCAGAUACUCUGCCUUUCUGGGUUCAGUUAAGAUAUGCACAGCAAGUGUCGGGGGAUACUGCGGGAGCAGAGAAAACACUGGAAGUGAUAGAUCAAAAGAGGUCCAAACGUAAAUAAGAAAUCCACAUUUGUAUUUAAUUUUAUGUUGUUGUUUUUAUAACUUCCAUGAUAACUCUGGUUUAUUUAUAGUAUGGCUUCAGGUUAUGAACAAAAAGUCUAUUUAUUUUCUCUUAUUUCAUUUUUUGGGCAAAAGAUAUGUCUUGCAUACUUAAAACUAGAUAGUGCAAUUAAGUGUAUUGUUAAAUCUGUUAUUUGUAAUUAUCUCCCUUUAUAGCUCUAGUCUAUGUUUGUUCACCUGUUAUAUACUGACUAUUUUCAAAUUCCAUUUGAUACGGACUAUAUCCGGUGGCUGGACUACUUGCUGAUAUAUGAUGUCAGAAAUGAUGUCAUGAUGGUGUCUAGACAUUCCAUGCCUCAGUAAAAACACCAUUCCAAAUGAGUGGUCAGUCUUAUUUGCGUUGUAUUUUAGUCGGUUUUGGCUAAGAUAACAGUAGAAAUAGGUAGAUGUAUAUAACAAGUGGGUCAUUAAACAGUACAUUGAUCUACAGCCAUGCAUUUUAGCUCUUGUUGAUUUUACCUGGCAGCAUCACACUCUACUCAAAUGCUGCUGAAUACAACAGUACAGAUCAAGGUAUUGUAAUAAUAACCUCAUUACAUAACAUUAAAAGUAGUGCUUCUAGAACCAUGCAAUUCUGUAUAAUUAUUUUUGAACAAUGGCUUUGUCUCUUUUUUUAACAUAAAUUUAUAAGCAUUAUUGAACUUUAAAUUUACAUUCCAACAUUUUUACAUUAUGUCUUUACAUUUGCUUUUUGUUGUUUGUUUUUAUUUUAUCUAAAUUUAAUUAGAUAUAUGACAGUAUUUUCAUGUUAAUAUUGUUUAUACCCCACCAAUUACAGACAGGGUUGUUGUAGUUUGCAGAGGAAUAACUUUAUAUUUGAAAUUGUGAUUGUUUAUUUGAAAAUGUACUGAAAAAUAUUCCAUAUUCAAUUUUAUCUAAAGGAUCUAUACAAUCCUAGGACAAAGUGUCAGUUUUGCUAUAUUGUAACCAUUGUUUUUACUGACUAAAUAACAUUAGACAUGUUGUUCCUGUUUGUUUGUUUGUUUGUCUUCUUCUUCCAUUUUUACACCCUACUAUAAAGUCAUGUUGUCCCAUCUGUCCCAAAUUGUUUUCCUUGAAUAUCUCUGGAACCAAUAUAGAUAUCGUUUUGAAACUGAAGAUGGAUUUUAAGAAUCAGGAGAACAGUUCAUAUAAUUAUGAGGUCGUAUAGCUGACUUUUUUGAUAAAAUUGUUUCCUGUUCUGUGCUUGGAAAUUAGUUUUCCAUGAAUGUCUCUGGCAAAGAUACAGCUAUCAUUACGAAAUUUUAAACAGAUUGAGGAUCUUGAAACCUGUUGGCAAAAUCAUUGUUUUCCAAGAAUACUGUAAACGCACAUAUUUUCGCGGGGUCAAAAUUUCACGAAUUUGAAAUUUUGAGUAUGUUCGUGAGGUUAAUAUUCACUAAAUUGUAAAAAUGGUAUCCUACUUGAAUUAGAAUUAUACUAAUGGUGAAUAUUUAUGCAAGGAUUAAUUUUCCCGAGAUGUAGGGCCUUGUGAAUAUAGCGAAAAUUAAACCCUCGCGAAAAUUUCUGCUUUUACAGUAUCUCUAAAAUGAAUGUAAAGUAGUGCAAUUGAAGUUUUCAAAUAAGCCUCUGGAGAGGGAGAGUGAAAUGUACAUAGUGACAAGGUGAGCUUUUGUGAUCACCCGUCGUCAGUCCGUGCGUCCGUGCAUGCAUCCGUCAACAAUUUCUUGUCUGCACGAUAGUGGUUUCAUUUAUGAUUUUAUUUUAACCAAACUUGCACACAACUUGUAUCACCAUAAGAUCUCGGUUCCUUUCUUGAACUGGCCAGAUCCCGUUAUGGGUUCCAGAGUUAUGGCCCCUGAAAGGGCCAAAAUCAGCUAUUUUGACCUUGUCUGCACAAUAGCAGCUUUAUUUAUGAUUUGAUUUUUACCAAACUGGCACACAACUUGUAUCACCAUAAGGUCUUGGUUCCUUUCUUGAACUGGCCAGAUUCCAUUAUGGGUUCCAGAGUUAUGGCCCCUAAAAGGGCCAGAAUUAGCUAUUUUGACCUUGUCUGCACAAUAGCAGCUUCAUUUAUGAUUUGAUUUUAACCAGACUUGCACACAACUUGUAUCACUAUAAGAUCUUGGUUCCUUUCUUGAACUGGCUAGAUUCCAUUAUGGGUUCCAGAGUUAUGGCCCCUGAAAGGGCCAGAAUUAGCUCUUUAGACCUUGUCUGCACACAAUAGCAGCUUCAUUUAUGAUUUGAAUUUAAUCAAACUUGCACAAAACUUGUGUUGCCACAAGAUCUUGGUUCCUUUAUUGAACCAGCCAGAUCCCAUAAUGGGUUCCAGAGUUAUGGCCCCUGAAAAGGCCAGAAUUAGCUAUUUUGAUCUUGUCUGCACAAUAGCAACUUCAUUUAUGAUUUGAUUUUAGCCAAACUUGCACACAACUUGUAUCACCACAAGAUCUUGGUUCCUUUGUUGAACUGGCCAGAUUCCAUCAUGGGUUCCAGAGUUAUGGCCCCUGAAAUGUCCAAAACUGGCUAUUUUGGCUUUUGCAGCCAUAUAGAGACUUCAUCUAUGUGGUUUUUUUAUAUAAACUUCCAAAAUAUUUUCAACAACAAUAAAUCUUGGAUUCCAUGACAAACCAGAUCCAAUCGUAGGUUAUUUUAUAUCUGAUUACCUCCCCUGAUUGUAGUCAAAAUGGAUUUAUAUCAGUAAGUACUUAUAGGACUUAUUUGAAAUUUCAUUAUUGUCAUUAGUUGGACUGAGCCAAUCAGGGUAGAUAACUAUGGACUGAUUUUAUGCCAAAUUACCUCCCUUUAUUUCAAAUUAAAAUGGGUAUAUCUCCGUAACUAAUGAAGAUACUGAUCUAAAAUUUCAUUUAUAUCAACAGAUUUAUUUGGCAGAUCCUUCUUUUGUUCACUUACAACAGUUUUCUUUUUAAUUACUUCCCUUUUACGUUACUAUAAAUAGCUUAUUUAUAGUAACUUUUUUAUUAUUGGCCGUAGGGAAAAACCGAGACCACCUUUCUGUGGUACAACAUGGAUGGUACCUCCAAUUUUUAGGUGUAUUUUGACAUAUCUAUACAUUGUAAGGAUUUUUUUUUCUUUUUGGUUAAAUUUCUUUCCUUUGUUGUUCCUGUCCUUUGGACUUAGAUAUUUUUUCUGAGGACCUUCUUGUCCUCAAGUGCAAUGAUAACAGGUGAGCGAUAUAGGGCCAUCAUGGCCCUCUUGUUUAAAUCAACUUGAUAUAUUGCUAGACUACAAAGAGAAGUAGUGAUGGCAAGGGAAACAUAAUUCUGCCUUACACAAUAAUAUUUUUCCCCAUUUUUAGCUUUCCUGAAAAUUGUUUAAGGUGAGCUAUUAGUAAAAGUGGAUAGUCCAACAACCUGCCCCCAUUGUCAUGUGUCCGCAUUUUUAAUUAGACAUCUCCCUUGGCACUACUUAUCAGACUUAAAUCAAAAUUUGCCUGUAGCAUCCUUAGAUUGACUUCUGUCAAAUGUGUUCAAGUGGUUUUACUUGGCUCCAUUUAGGGGUCCACCAGAGUUAAAAAUAGAAAAAAGUCUUUGUUUUACUUCUUCUCAAGAGCUUUUCAUAAAUCUUCACCAAACUUGGUCUGAAGCAUCCUUGUAUUGACCUUCCUCAAAUUUGUUCAAAUUGUUUGUUUUGCCCUGAUUAGUGUUUAUGGGCAGAUAGAGCUAAAUAUAGAAACUUUAAACAUUUUAUUCCCAUGAACCAUUUGAUGCAUCUAUAUCAAACUUGAUCUGUAACAUCCUUGUAGAGUCCUCUCUAAGUUUUAUUCAAAAACUUUUCUUGAUCAGUUUUAGAGACCACCAGAGCUGAAAAUAGUACUUCUAUUCAAUCAGUUAACUUCUUCUCAUGAGGCAAUUGACGGAUCUUCACCAAACUUUGACUGUUCUUUUAUGGAUCUCUCUUAAAUUUGUUUUUAGUGGUUACACUUGAUCUCUUUUAGUGACUGUCGGAGUUAAAAAUAGGAAAAAACACCUUCAGAUGGCUUCUUCUAAUGAACCAGUCAACGGAUCUUCACCAAACAUGACCUAAAGCAUCCUUUUAUGGUCCUUUCUGAAUUUUAUUCAAAUGGUUCUGCUUGACCCUGCUUAGUUGCUGCCAGAGCUUAAAGUAGAAAAACCCUUAAAUGUCUUCUUCUCAUGAACAAAUAUAUGGAUUUUCACCAAACUUUGCAGCAUCUGUAUAUGGACCUCUUUCAAAUUUAUUGAUAUGGUACUAUAUGACCCCAUGUACAGGCUGCUAGAGUUGAGAAUAGAUAA